AUGACAAUGGGAAAUUCCCAACCAGAACAACAGGGCCAGGCUCUAAGCCAAACUCCUCCCGCACCCACAAGGUGUUGCAACACUCCACAAAGUGAAGUGCAAGCAUUUGAUCUCUCGAAAGGCACCAUACAAAUUUACAUUUUAGAUGAAGUUAAGCAUUCUUUGAAAACUGACUUCCAAAUUGAUUGUGAACAAUGUCUUAAUAAGGUCCAAGGCUAUCUCUGUCUUAUAGGAGUGGAUUUUGCAGCCUGGAAUGUAGCAGGUUUAGUGAAGCUGACAGUAAGUAUUAGUGUUGAUGGGAAAACGAUGACCAUAAGAACGGAAAGUUCUUUCCAGAACACUAAGAUCUCCUUCAAGCAGGGGGAAGAAUUUGAUGAAACCACAGCAGACAACCGGAAAGUAAAGAGCACCAUAACAUUAGAGAAUGGCUCAAUGAUUCAGGUCCAAAAAUGGCUCGGCAAAGAGACAACAAUCAAAAGAAAAAUUGUGGGUGAAAAAAUGGUAGUGGAAUGUAAAAUGAAUAAUUUUGUCAGCACCAGAAUCUAUGAAAAGGUGUGA